UUAUCAAUAUUAUUCUUCAUUAUUUUUAUUUUUGAGUUUCUGUUGGUCUGACACUCACUAAUGGUUAUUCAACUGUAACAUCUUGAUUUAUGCCUGAGAAGUGUCUACUGUAUCCUUGACAAUGCGUUGAAGACACACAUGUAGCAUGGCAACAGUUGGUUUAUCAUCAGUGGGGGUUUCAUGAUCUUGGAUAUUUGCUGGAUGGAUGGUCACUUAGCGUGUAAGAGACAAACUUGUGCAACAUGAAAGCUUUUUUCCUGAUCUGUGGAGUUUUCCACUGUUUUGGCUUUGUAAGUUCUGAGAGCUGUGUACAGGUGCAGGACUAUGUUUGCAAAGAAUUUCCAACAGGCUAUCCUCCUGGCUUGUCCUCUCUGGUGUUUUUUGUGAGAAACGUUGGCGAGAUCAACUCGACUCUUUUUAAUUGUACUGAUUUAUCCUCAGCCACCAGUCUCACUAUGACACAAUGUGGAAUUACAGUUAUAGCACCAGGGGCAUUUGCCCAGUUCCAAAAUCUCAAGAUGCUCAACUUGCGCAAUAAUGAUCUCUCCCAAAUAACCUCAGACUGGUUUAUCCACAAAGAGGUACUAGAGAGCCUCAUUUUGACAAAUAAUAGCAUUACAGUUUUGAAUGAGACUGCCUUGGCUGGCUUUGUGGGACUCUUAAUCCUGAACGUGUCCCAGAACCGAAUUCACACGAUUACAUCAAAUAGCUUUCACUUCCUGACAAGGUUGAGACAUCUGGACUUGUCCUAUAAUAAGCUAAGACAUUUGGGUGUGGACACCCUUAUGCCAUUAAACAAAACUAAAAUCCUGUUGUAUGAAAACCCCUGGAAUUGUUCCUGUGGUGUGUACGAGUUUUCUCACUAUCUAAGAGAGCUACAAAUGGCCUCUCUGCUGCAGAAUGACAUGGAGGUGCUCUGUGAGAGUCCAGCACAUCAGCAAGGAAGACAUGUGUGGAAUGUGUCCAAAUGUGUGAAUCCUGUAACAGACGUAGCCAUAACAACUGGGAACAGCCAAACCCUUACACCAGAAAGCACUAAUCAGGCUACUAUUAUCUGCUUAGUAGUGGUACUUUGUGCCCUGGUACUUGUUAUCUGUGUUUUGGCAGUUUUGUACCACAGAAAACAUGAGCAAAAACAUCGACUGGCCAUCCAACCUUUUCCAGAAGAACAAGAUAAUACAAGACAUGCUCAUCCAGACUGUAGAGCAACGGCAGAAGUUUCUAAAGAAGUGGAAUCUAUUUCCUGUGACCAGAAAAGGCAACAACAUACAGGCAAUAACAGACUUUUAUUAAGGCUGGACCAGUCACUACUGGAGUCAGAAAUUUACCAGAUUUACAGCACAGGAAUAUACCAAACAAGAGAGAUGACUGGCCGAGCCAAAUCAGCAGGGCCUGUACUCUCUAGAACUGAUGGAUCUGAGAGACGUCCACAUGCUAAGGAGGAAGAUCCAGAAGUAUGGCAGGGGGAGGUUCAAGCUGUACAUGGUGGAUGGACAGAACAGAAGUAUAAGGGUGAAUUAAAGGACAAAGAAGUCAAGUAUGGAAAGAAGGAAGAAGAGGAACGAGCAGGAAAAACUGAAAUAGAGAAGAAGCUUAGGCAUGUUUUGAGACAAGAUGAUGAGUUUAUCACUAGUUUGCAAACAAGAGUCGAGUACAAGCAGAACUUAGAGGGUGGAAAAAAAGAUGAACAUGUUUUAGAAGGUAAUGUAAAAGAUAAAAAAAUUCUGUAUUCUGAAGACUCUGUGACCAGUGAGGUAGACUGUAAUUCUGAUGAUGCAUAUAAUUUGAGCUCUAGUUCAGCAAGAUCUCAACCCUCUCAGGAUCAAGAUGAUAUCUUCCAGCCUCUGGGAGUUGUUGAGAAUAUGCCUUACCUCACUAUAGGACCUGAUCCAGAAAAACAAAGCCCAAAUGCAGAGCAUAUUUGCAACACUAAGGCUUCCACUAGACAGUUGAAUUUAAGACCCUUCAGGCGCACAUUGUCCUGGCCUCCUACAGCAGCUCAGUGGAAAAAGCAAUGGGCUCAAACCCAGCAGGUCCACAGUGUUUCUCCUAAGCUCAUUUUUGUCACGCAAUAUGAGUAUCAUGUAGGCAUGUUUCCGCCUGGCAUCUCUUCAGCUAUUCCAGAAAAUUUCCCAGAAGCCAGUUGUUCAGGGGUUUCUGAACAGCAACUACAAAUGAAGGACCUUCUACACAUUCAAUCUGUGGAACCUUCUAUGGAAACUAGUGAGUUCCUCAAUCGAUCUUGCAUCCAAAAUUUGUCCAGUUUGACCAGAGAUUACGUUGAGGUAAAUGGAGAACAUUCUGAAAUGAUCAAAUGCCAUUCCCCAAUAAAUAAUGAGGCACAUUCUGACUUGGUCACUAUCAAACCUCUUUGUGAAAGGUUGAGCUCUGAAGCUGCCAGCGAGGUGAAGAUGAGAAGCAGCACAAAGAGCAAGACAAAUCAAUCUUCAAACAGAAAACAGACACAAGCCAUAAGGAAGCCAAAAGAAACAGUAAGAGAUGGAAGGAAAGUGAUGAGAAGCAGAGAGAGGGAUCAGUCUCACUCCAACUCAGGUGUGCACCGUUCUGGAGGAUCUCCUAGUGAUGACAAUCUGCUAGUGGAUAAUGAGUACACCUUCAUAGAUCUUCUACAUGAGGUGGUGGAGAACCAUGGUCGCUGGACACGAGACAGGUGGAGUCAUAAGAGCAAGCAAAAAACAAAACAAGCCUCUAAGUCUUGAG